AUCAUCCCUGCUACCUUAAGCUUUCGCUUUCUGUGACAUUUCGUGUCAAACUCUUGUGGAAACUAAGCUAAAUCUCCUUUUUUUAAAAUUUUUUUUAAACCCCCCCUCAAGACAUUGUCUCCUCCCAGUGCACAGGUGAGGGCGUCCACCUAUUACGGCAUCACAAAAAAGGAGGAAGGAGGGGUGGGCUUGACAGACAGCAAGAACAGCGGGAAAGAAACUCUCCACAACGCCUCAUUCACUUCAUCCACAGCUGACAGAAGCAACAACGCGACAGGCUGCAGCGCUAUCAUGCCAUCACACCUCCUCUUAUUAGGUCUUCUUAUUAUGCCAGGAUUCACCUCAGGCGCCACCUCCACAGCCCCCACCUCCACAGUCACCAUGGUUGCCACAUCGACACCGGCCACCACCCAGCCCGUCUCUUCCACCACAUCUAGAGGUACAACAAUGUCCUCCGCCAGCAUGCCUACCUCCACAGUCACCUCCAAUACCGGAGCCCCCAUGACCCCCGUCCCCACAAGCACACCCUUAAUACCCACAGGCUCUUCUUCCAACAUCAUGCAGUCUUCCUCAAGCAGCUCUGGAAGUACAUUACCCACAGCUACCACCACCCAGACCACCACAAGCACACCCUUAUCCACAGGCUCAGCUACUACCAACAUGCAGUGGCCCACCAUGAGCACUAACCCUGCAAGUGGGGGAGCCACCACAACCGCCGCCGCCUCCCAGACCCCCACAAGCACACCCUUAUCCACAGGCUCAGCAACUACCAACAUGCAGUGGUCCACCAGUGGCACCAACCCUGCGAGCGAGGGACCGACCACCACCGCCGCCAGCACCCAGACACCCACAAGCUCACCCUUAUCCACAGGCUCAGCAACCGGCACCAUGCAGCCAAUGUCCGGAGGAACAACUGCUGCUGGUUCUACACUCACAGCGUCUGUUAGCUCAGUCAGUGCUCCUAACACAGGAACCAACUCUGCCUCCUCCACAGCAAUGCCCAAGUCCACCGCAACUAUGGCGAACGCCGCUUCACCCUCCUCCGUGAGUUCAAACACUGACUCCUGGACCUCCAUGAAGUCCACCACUCAGACGACAGCCUCCUCUGAUAACAUGACCAGUAUGAUGACAACCGCAAUGAGCCUGAUAUAUUGUCCUGAAUUCUCAUGUAACUACUCAGACUGCAACACAAUGUACGCCAGUCAAAAUAUGACUCCGUGUGCCGCUGGUCAAUGGUGUAAGCUGUGCAAGAUGGACAUGUACUACAUGGCUGGCUGCAGCUCGUCCUGCAACGACAGCUGCAUGAGCGACUCCCAGACCAACUGCAGCGUGGCUUGCUGCAACUACACGGGCUGCCUCAAUUCCACUUUUGCAUCCAUGGUGAUGAUGCCGUCUGCAGCUGCUUCAACCGCCGCGCCCGUCACCACAGCCAUGGCCAACCCCCAGCCAACGACAUCAGAUAAUGGAAACAAAUGCAAUGAAGGCACGUGCACCGGUGCGACUUGCUACACGAGCUUUAGCAGCACAUUGCAGACGUGUUCUUCCUCAGAUCUGCACUGCCAGCUGAAAAAAGAAACAGUCGGCUCUGACCUACGGUGGACGGCAGGCUGCGCAGCUAACUGCUCGAGCGAAACAAUGUGCACACCCACCACACAGCCCCCAUGUCACCUGGAGUGCUGCAACGUCACCGUGACUUCCUGCCUGUGGCUGAACGGCACGGUGAACUUCCAAUCCUCUGCCGGCAGGAUUUUUCACGCAGAACAGUUGGCAUCUUUACUCUGCUGGCUCGUCGCUUUAGGUUUUCUUCUGUGAGAAAGCACACUGAGAGCUCCAUCACUUACACCUCCGUCUUUUUCUGUUGCUGAUAUGUGAUUGUAUGUACAGGAUGUUAGGAAAUUCCGUUUAAAAACAUUCCCCUCUUGAGUUCUUUUUUUGUCUAAAGGCCAGUGACAAUUUCAUUUUAAAAGUAUUUAUAGAAAAAUACAGGGUUCAGAAACAUCACAUUAUAGAUACUGCAGGUGUACCUAAUGAUACUGUACGCUUCUUUUCAUUGCCCUCCUUUAAAAAGCCAUUGUGAGAAUAAUGCAGCUGUUAUGAUAUAUAAUGCACUUUACGCAAACACAAACAUCGAGCUGUUACAGGGUUUGUUUGUUUUUCAAAAGUCAUUUUUUGAGAUUAUUUGCAUUUUAAAUCAAUGAGUUGUGGUUUUUGUUUGUGGGUUUCCCUGUGAAUUGUGAAUAUGUUUGUGUGGUUUUUAAGGCAAACAUGUCAACUGGAAUCGACUUCAUAUAGUUUUGCGUAUUGUACAAAAUACAAUUAUUUCUAUAAUUAAAUAAAUCUUAUCA